UUUUAAAAAUAUUCCAACCAAACAUGGUACAAUAAUAAUGAACAAACACGUACAUCAAUAAGUAUCAACCGAUUCCGUGCUAACUUUUAGCAGGAAGCUGUUUGCACUCACCUGCUAAUAGGUAAUUAGAUAGUGAGUUUAAGAUGCAUACGAAUUAUUAUCACAUAUUAGCAACUCCAAAUCUGCUAAUGAAACUAAUAUCAGCCCUUCACGCCCUUCAACAAAUAAUUAGCAGGUCCGUUUAGACCCACUCGUACUAAUUUUAGCUGCUAAAUUUUAGUGCUAAUGGAUCUGGACAUGCCCUUACUGAUAAAGGAAAUGAAGAAGCAACACGAAUUGAAAAGGAAUGCCUACUUCAGUUUCAGGGGUCCAUAUUUGAUACAUAUAUAUAUGAAAUGCAGUACGAAAUUUAUAGGGAAAUUAAACAUGACAUGACUAAAGGGAACUGCAAUUGGUUUGGGGUUGAUGGAUAACAAUACCCAGUGCAAACAUCCAAACUAACUCACCAAUCCACGGAUAGGAGAGCAGACAUGAUGUAGUACUUGUUGAACUCCUCUCCACCUCCUGGCCUCUCGAGGCCCACCAGUAUUUCAAUGUGUAAGUUCAUGAUCACUUAAGAGAGUCAUAGCAUCCUGCAAUUGGAUUGGCAGCUGCAAGAAAUGAAGUCCCUAAAAUGAGUACUAUUGUAAUGGCUGCUUUUGGCAAUUGAUAUUUUCUGCUGCUCCAUGGCCUCGGGAAUCGCAGCUCUGGAAUUCAGUGAAGGCGUUGUAGCUCAGGUCUAGCGCCUGCAGAUGCGCAAGGCGAACGAUGGUCGCUGGGACCUCCCCGCGGAACCGAUUGGAGCUCAGGUUCAGCAUACGCAGGAACGAGAGGUCCCCCGAUGGCCGUGGAGAGCGUGCCAGUGAGCCUGUAGGAGGGCAGGCUCAGCGACACCACCUGGCCGCUGCCGCUGCACACCAUGCCUUCCCAUCUACAGACACCAUCGCAGACUCGACACCUCCAUCGACAGUGCAGGCGCCUCCACCUUAGAUUUGGGCUGCAUGAUUCUCGUCGAUUUGGGGCGAGGAUAGCAGGGAGGGCAGGUAGGACCACCAUCCCGAACAACCCAGCCAUCACCAUCUCGGCCGCCGCGCGCGAGGCAGGGGGAGAAGUGGUGCGGCUCAGCCAUGGCCUCGACGUCCGAGUCCCUUCGGCGGACCUUCCAUAUCAGGCGCGGGCGCGGGCGCGGGAAUGGGAGGAGGUGAGGUGGCGGAUCUCCCACGCCAUUUUUGUCGUGGGCCGAGGAGGAGGUGGCGGAUCUCCCAUGCCCUCCGGCCUCCGCGCAUCCUCUGAGUUGCUGGUGGCGGAGCCUCCCUGCGCGGCGGUGGGUUGCAGCCGCGACAUCCAGGCGUCCGUUCCGACGAGCCUCGAGGCGGGGAGCAGCGUUUGCGGGUGGGAUCGGACGACGGCGGCAUAAUCGGGGUAGGGGCAGGGGGCGGAGUUUGUGGCCAGCCAGAAUCGAGUGAGGCGAGGGGAGGCCGGGGGCGACGGUUUCGGGGCGCG